AUGUGGAACCAUUGUUUCUCGAUGUUUGAGUUUCCACCCGAUGUGGAAAUAACAGAACACAUAAAAACUGUCUCAUCAAUGGCAUUUUUGUGGUCAAAAAUUUCCUCGGUUUUGCCUUCAAAUGAAGAACAGUUUCCACUGCAGUUCGGUGACAAAGUGGAGUCAAGUGUGGUGGAAAUACUGAAACGAUCCAGACAGCAGCUAUACAGUGACACAGCAAGCGCCUGCCGAAUGCUCAACGCUCAGAUAAUUUUGGACAUCUCAUGGGAGAGACUCAACACAGGGACAUGGAGGCAUGUGGACAAAGAGUGGCGGCGGAUUUACUCCCACGGCUGCCUGUUCAAAGUGGGCGCACUGUGUCGAGAAAGUCCUUCAGAGGAGGAGAUCAUGCAGGCCAUUAGGACUUGUGACAUGGGUUUACUCAUGGGCGCUGCCAUCAUGGAUGACAUACUCCAACUUGUUGUUGGGAUUCUGCAAAGUGAAUUAAGCAAAGCUGCUAAAGAUGAGGAAGAAAGUGAGCAUGUUGAGGUCAAGAGAGCAAAGAUUGAGAGCCUGCAUAUUCCUUCACUCAAAGAAGAGAUGGCCAUUCCCAGGAUCAAGUGUCCCUCACUUGAAAGCUUCAAUGCAAACUACCUGCUCCCCCUCAAACCCGUGAUUUUAGAAGGGAUUAUCGACCACUGGCCAGCCCUCAACAAUAAAUGCUGGAGCAUAGAUUACCUGAGGUCUGUGGCCGGCUGCAGGACCGUUCCGGUCGAGGUUGGAUCCAGGUACACGGACGAGAACUGGUCCCAAACACUGCUCACAGUCAAUGAAUUCAUAGACAGAUACAUUCUGAAUAAAAUCCAAAGCCCCCAGGAUGGAGGGAAAGCUUUGGGUUAUCUUGCUCAACACCAGCUUUUUGAUCAGAUACCAGAAUUAAAAGAAGAUAUACGUAUCCCAGAUUAUUGCUGUCUCGGUGAAGGAGAGGAGGAUGAAAUUACUGUCAACGCCUGGUUUGGACCUGCAGGCACAGUAUCUCCUCUUCACCAAGAUCCGCAGCAGAACUUCCUGGCUCAGGUGGUGGGAAGUAAAUACAUCCGCCUGUAUUCCCCGGAGGACACAGACAAACUUUACCCUCAUCAGUCAAAGCUUCUUCACAAUACCAGUCAGGUGGAGGUGGAGAAUCCAGAUCCUGAGCGUUUCCCGGAGUUUGCCAAAGCUCCCUAUUUGGAAUGCGUGUUAAAGCCAGCAGACGUCCUGUUCAUCCCUGUCAAACACUGGCAUUACGUCAGGUCUCUGGAAGUCAGCUUCUCUGUCAGCUUCUGGUGGUCAUAAAAAGAUUCAGAAUUAAAACAUGUAUCUUGUGUUUUCUGAUGCUGUGGAGAAAACAGGCUAAUUGUUACAUGUGUUUGGUCUAAUCACAACCUUUGAUCCAUUCACACAAACCUCUGACGGAUUAGUUUAAUUGAGCUGCUGAUGAGUUAAACAUCUAUUAUGUAGAAAUGCUGCUAAAACUAAAUAUAACAGUUGUUAGUAAUCUAAUCUGAAAUGUUUCUCCAUUUGAAAAUGGCUUUUUAAUUGCGCCCUCAGCCUUACCUACAAAAAUAUCCUACAAUGUGUUAUUGCCAUAAUUAACGGAAAUGAGGCAUGUUCUUAAAUUUAAUAAGUGAGUGAGCUACAGG